AUGAUACGUGCACGGUUACUACCACUUUUACAAAAUGAAUAUUCCAUGUUUAGACCCGUUUUAUCAUCCACUUUUCACACGUCACAAAUUGAUAACAGAAAGUGUUGUAGAAGGGAGCAAGAGAAAAGUUGUGAACCUGUAUCUGUAGCUGUUAUUUUAUGCGGGUGCGGUUAUCUAGAUGGUACCGAAAUUUCGGAAGCCAUAUCGUCGACGAUACAUAUCUACCAGAAAGAUAUGGUGCCACACUUUUACGCGCCGGAUGUAGACAUUUGCGAAACUGUCGAUCAUUUCACUAAACAACCAGAUACAAACAGUCCAUCCAGGAACGGACUAGUCGAAGCUGCCAGAUUGGCUAGAUCGAGCAUUAAACCGCUAUGCGAAUGUGAAGCUUGCAUGCACGGGGCACUCGUUCUCCCUGGAGGAUUUGGUGCGGCAAAGACAUUGAGCAAUUUCGCAGCAAAAGGCGCCGACUGUACGAUACUUCCUGAUUUGGAAAAGCUUAUCGAAGACUUUUACUGUGGGAAGAAGCCAAUUGCAUCGAUGUGCAUUGCAAGCGUUCUUGUGGCGAGAGUACUAAAGGGUGUUAAAAUUACACUUGGAAAAGAUUCACCAGCACAAGAUUGGCCGUACGCCGAUGCUAUUAAGAAAGCAAAAGACAUGGGAGCCAGGAUAGAAAUGAAAAAUGUGAAGGGAGUAACGAGAUGUAAAAAAUACAAUGUCGUUAGUACACCAGCCUGGAUGUAUAAACCUGCGUCUUAUUUAGAUGUCCAUAAUGGCAUAGGGAAAUUAAUUACUACGUUGAAGAAAUGCAUCAAUUGACAACGAUGUCUCGGUGUUCUAUUCGAUAUCAUAUUAAGCUUUUAAUCGCUUAAGUGAAUUACAAAUAUCCCGAUUAUCGUGAAGUUUCAUUUUUCUAUUUCUUUUUAAGUAC